UGAUGUUAGAAGGUCCCUUUUCUCCUUUAUUCCAUCCCCUUGGGAUAUUUGAAGCUUAAUUUCCCCCCUUAAUAACUAUCAGCAGUAACUCUGCGGAGGGAAACAUCUGCUCUAGUCUUUUGACUCUUCUAACACUCAUGUGUGAAAGGAGCUGUGGCAUUAGCAUGGCCCGGGAGGAACAACUGGGCUGGUGAUUCCUUCAUUUGGGCGCAGACCUCUUCACUGCUGGAGAGAGGAGCCUGACAGCUGCGCUCUUUCUCUUAAGAUAUAUGGGUUUUGGACUUUCCAUAUCCGAGAGCAGAAUGUUGCCGCACUGCCAUGCUCUGGCUGUGGCUGUUGUCCAGAUCUUUAUCUUCUCAGAAAACCGGGCAUUUGCCAAGAACAUCAACUUCUAUAACGUGAGGCCUCCUCUCGACCCUACACCAUUUCCAAACAGCUUCAAGUGUUUUACCUGUGAAAAUGCAGGGGAUAAUUAUAACUGCAAUCGAUGGGCAGAAGACAAAUGGUGUCCACAAAAUACACAGUACUGUUUGACAGUUCACCACUUUACGAGUCAUGGAAGAAGUACAUCAAUCACCAAAAAGUGUGCCUCAAGAAGUGAAUGUCAUUUUGUUGGCUGCCACCACAGCCGAGAUUCUGAACAUACAGAGUGUAGGUCUUGCUGUGAAGGAAUGAUCUGCAAUGUGGAAUUACCUACCAACCACACUAACGCGGUUUUCACCGUAAUGCAUGCCCAGAGAACGUCGGGCGGCAGUGCCCCCACACUCUACCUGCCGGUGCUCGCCUGGGUCUUCAUGCUUCCGUUGAUAUGAUUCCAUCAUCGCUUAGGAGAGGCAGAGACCAGCCCUCCGAAGCACAAGCUAAAAACUGUGUAAACAGGGAACUUUUGAGUGAAGACCAAUCUUGUAGUUGGCAAAGAGUGCACAUUGGACUCCAAGCAGAAGGCAGUUGUUCGUUAAAAUGUUCUUGCACGAGGCCAUGGAAUUUGCAGAAGGGGAUUUGGCUGCCACCGAGGGCAUUAUCUGGCUUCCGGGCUUCCUGGUCAGAUAGGCUGCAUUUUGUCAUUUCUGCAGGGAAGAUCCUGCCAGCAUCGACAACAGGCAGGUGUCGUAACUUAUACUGUCCCAGCCUGACCAGGCCUUUAGCCGAAAGGACUCAUUGACUCCUUCAGAGGCUGCUGGGUCAGAACCUCUCAUUUCUGGGAUUAGCUCAGAGCAUCUCUAUGGCACCUAACCCUUCCCCUGAUGAGAAAGCAAUUUCCCUGACAAUGGCACAGUCAAUGAGAGAGGCAAGUACAGGAGAGAAACUUCCAGUUGAACUAAUAUGAAACCCGUUUGUGAA